GUGAGCGGAAGUCAACUUGGCGACAAGGUCGAAUUGGAAUUUCAAGCAUUUCGCCUUCAACAGUAUGAGCUCAACGGCAACGUCAUAGGAAGUAAACAUUUUCGAGUGCAGUAUGAGGCCGUGUCGCUUAAUUCGAAAGCGCUCAGAAGAUGCGUGGUUGUAUCAUGGCGCGAUCUAACUGGUCGGAACCUCGAUGAAUUAAUGGAGACUACUGUGGGUGCUCUGCUGAUUAUAAUUCCAUCGGAUCUGGAUGCUUUGUCACCUGCCGACAAGACGCUCUUCAUGGAGCUUGAGCAAAAACUUGCAACGGCACGCACUGAUCUUGCCGUGUACGUUUCGCAUUCAUCUCCCGAAGCGAACACCAUCCUAAGUGAUGUGCAAUCCGCCUCCGGUGUCAUUCACUUCGACUGGAUCGCCAUCAGCAACUCCAUUAACUUACAAGCCCAGGCCGUCUUAAGCAGCAGUGAACGCUCCGCUCCUACCAUUGCUUUUGUUGCUCACUACGAUUCUCAUGCUGUGUUCCCCGGAGCAGCUGUGGGAGCUGAUUCCAACGGUAGUGGAGUAAUUGUUUUGCUCGAGCUGCUUGCCAUUUUCCGUAAACUGUAUGAGAAGCCAUCCACGAGGCCUCCAUUCAAUUUGGUUUUCGUGUGGACGGCAGCAGGAAAAUACAAUUACCAAGGCGCAAGGCAGUUCAUCGAGGAUUUCCAGAGUGAUAAUUCUGAUGAUAACCGACUUGAGCUGGCAAUAUGUGUUGAGGCAGUUGGAAGUACAGGGCCAUUGUGGAUGCAUGCUUCGAAACAGCCUGCUGAUGGGUCUGCGGCA